AUGCCUGUCAAUCGCACAAAUCUCGGAAUAGUGUCAAUGAGCGCCUAUGUUCCCAAGUUGUACGUAGGCCAGGAUGACCUCGAGCGACUGGACGGAGUCUCCACCGGGAGAUACACAAUCGGAAUAGGCCAAUCACAAAUGGCAUUCUGCAGCGACCGGGAAGACGUGGUCUCUCUGGCCAUGAACGCUGUGGACAAACUAAUGAGGACGUGCAAAAUAGACUACAAAGACAUUGGAAGACUGGAAGUGGGGACCGAAUCAAUCGUGGACAAGUGCAAGUCCGUGAAGAGUUACCUGAUGGCUCUCUUUGCCGAAAGUGGCAACCGAAACGUGGAAGGAGUGGACUGCAUAAAUGCCUGCUAUGGCGGGACUGCUGCUCUUUUCAAUUCUAUUAAUUGGCUCGAGUCAUCUGCCUGGGAUGGUCACGUGUUAUGUCACGUGGGUAGGUCGGAGAUAUGCCUUGGUCGUGAUGGUCGACAUUGCUGUGUACUCCUCGGGGAAUGCUCGUUGUACGGGCGGGGCGGGGGCCGUGGCUGUGCUUUUGGGCCCCAAUGCUGCCAUUGUCCUCGAGAAUAG